GAACGCCUCUGCAUUCUACUUGUGGAAGUUACAGUUAGCUGCGGUGGCUAAAGGCUAAACGCAACAGCCGUUUCUGAAUUUCAAAAAAAAAAAAAAGAGAGAAUAAACACUGGGCAAGCGUUAUAAAGUGCUCGGUUGUAAGAGCGCCUCGGUAACUGUCCAGGUAUUUUAGGGGCAUUUUUCGUCUCGCCUGGAAAAAACAACGUGGCGUCGGAACAUACCAGGUAGCGUUAGCUCGCCUGUGAGCCCCAUGUCAGUUGAGCUGUCAGCAGCGCAAGAUGCGGAGAUGUUUACACCGAGUCUGUCAUCAGAGCAACAGAGAGAUCUGGCGGAAAGACUCGCCGCUUUUCUGUCCCAGUACAGCCGCUUAUCCGACUCCUACAUAAUUGAGUUCUUCACUGAGGAUCUCUGGCACACAUUACCCAGCGCCUGGCAGCCUGUACUCCAGGACCUGUCGUAUCCACAGAUUGCAGACCUUUUACUGGAUGCCACGCAUGGAGACAGGAGGUAUCCUUCCGUGUGGCCCCUGUCUCUCUUGGCCUUCCGUGCCACAGCUCAUGCUCUGGCAUUUCCCAGAGAGUGCAGGCGGGAGCGAGGCAGGGUAUUCGGCGCGGUGAAACCCGAGGAGUUCCUGGAAAACCAGAGUCAGAGCUCGCUGCUGGGCCACAUCUUCAGGAAACACGUCAAACCCAAGAAGCAGCAUGAGAUCCGCAAGCUGGGCAUGGUACAGGGCUGCUUAUUUGCGUUGCUGGUAAAACAACUCUGUGACCAGACUGACUGCAACAGAGUGGUGGAUGUAGGCUCUGGACAGGGUCACCUGACCCGGUUCCUGUCCUUCGGGCUCGGACUGUCUGUGACUGCUAUUGAGGCUGAUCGCACCCUGGUUGCCGUGGCGUCCAGGUUUGACGGACAGUUACUGUGGGCGUUGGAGAAGGAAAAGCGGAAAAAGAACUACUCAUCUCAGCUCCCGGUAUCACAGUCCUCUCCCCGCCAUGUGGCCGGAUGGGUAAACCCCAAGGCAUCGUGGGAGGCUUUCAUCAAGCAGCUGAGUACUGCAGAUUGUCUAAGCGAAGGUCCUCCAACUCCAUCUGGACCCAGCAAAAAGAGACUGAGGGGCUCUGAGCAUCAUCAUGGGAGUUCUCAUGAGGUUCAGACUUCACCAUCUCAUGGCUCCAAGGACUCUGGUACUCGCUCACAGGACUUUGAAUCGCCAUCGCAGCCCCAGCACAGCAAGAACGAGCCUGAAGAGCAGUUAUCCGCUGGAAACUGUCGGCAGGGGGCUCCUCCUGAAGAAAACGGCCCGCCAGGCUCUCCAGACUUUGUCCUGACCGGUCUCCAUGCCUGCGGCGACCUCAGCGCUACCCUCCUGCGCCACUUUGUCAACUGCCCGCAUGUUCGCGGCAUCACCUCUGUGGCGUGUUGCUACAUGAAAAUCACAACCAAAGAAAACCCCACCCCUCCAGGACUGGUUGAACCUCCCGCUCCAACGACAUCGCGUCAGGAAUCGGUUCCCUCAGAGUUUGGCUACCCGAUGAGCUCCUGGGUGCGGGGGUUGUCGGGGCAUCGGCUGUCCUAUAAGGCGCGGGAGGGGGCGUGUCACGCUGUGGAGGACUACGUGCGCAGGCUCAGGGAGGAGAGCGAGCUGCUAAGGACGCACUGUUACCGGGCGAUGCUGGAGUCUUUCAUCAGGGACACGAGGCCGGAUCUACGCAGGGCAGGAAUCCAGACCAUAAAGAAAGCCCACCUGUUACCCUUUACAGAGUACGCCCGUCUGGGUCUGGCCCGGGUCGGCCUGCCUCCAGAGUUACCCCUGGACCCAGAGCGGGUGGAGACCAUGUUGAGGCAGCAGGGCAGGGUGGUGGUGUACUUCACCCUGGCCCUGCUGCUGGCUCCUGUAGUGGAGACGCUGGUGCUGCUGGACAGGAUGAUCUACCUGCAGGAGAACGGCGUGGAAAGUCAGCUGGUUGCUCUCUUCGACCCAAACCUUUCCCCAAGAAACUUUGUGCUGGUGGCUCUGAAGCCGCCUGAAUAGUGAGGACAAAAAGGAGUCCCCGGUAAAACUGCAUUAUUCACUCCCUGGUGGAAAAAGUCACACUUACCGGUUGAAAAUGAAAGAUGACUCAAGAUUACAAAAGUCUAGUUCUCCUUUAUGUGAUAGAAAGUGCUCUUAGUCUUAAGGUUAUUUGGAUUUUAACCUCUGUUUUUAGAGAUGUUAAAUAAUGGAAAUCAAGGGAAGAUUUUUUUUUUGAUGGCCUUUGGACAUAGUUUUGCCAUAAUGAGUACACGUCCUUACUGCAGUGAAGCCCCUCAGAUGUUCAGCUUCACAGUGACACAGGAACAUGCUGGAAAUCUGAAGAUCUGGGCACACUCAGUUCUGCCUCCAUAACCUUGGGAUACAGUCAAUCCAUACAGUAGCUUUUAGACCGUCCAAACGUUUGGUUUUAUUAACAUCACGUACAUCACGCUGGUUAUCACUCCGUCUUCACGGUAGCACAGAAGCAGUCAUGUGAUUCGGUUUGAUUUUCAUGGCUUGUUUUGUUUAUGGUUUUGCUCGUUUUUGUAUUUUAUUUUAUUUUAUUACCUCUGUCCUUUUAAAGCACUGGUGGAGAAUCAUGUUUUGUGCUUUACUGUAUCUGUUACCAAGAAGCAAUAAAGAUAACCAUUGCUUUUAAUUUUAGGCACAGAAGCAUGAAAGCUUAUUACUUUACUGAAAAACAGCCCAAAGA